AUGGGUACCAUGAAGACCGACGUAAGGUCUAAAGCUGCGACAAAAACGGUCGUUCUUGUCUCGGACGACGAAUGUGAUCAAAAGUCUACUGUCCCGAUACAAUCUCGUCUAGCUACCUUCAAUUCUCUCACUAGUAUCUUGAGUGAUAGUGAUAGUGACAUUAAGAUAGAGGAAAUACUGAGUCCUGUAAGCUCAAUAUCGAAUUCUCGCAUCUCCAAGAAGACUUCGCAAUCAACGACAUCACCACGAGCUAGGAACAAAACCGACGUUCGUAGACGCUCAAUCACUGAGUCUUUGCCAACAUCUAAAGAAGAGAUAGAGCGAGCAUACAAACGACGUGCAACUUUUUCAGUUUUAAGUACGCCCCCUGCCAAUCGGUCGGAUGGACUGAAACCCCUGACGCCAUCGUCAGAAAUCCAGUCGUCCAUGAAUGCGUCGCUGGUGUUUGAUAUGGUUACUUCACUUAGUACGAGUGAUCCAGGGGUUGCUAUUGCGACAUUACGGAGCAUUGUGGUUCUAGGUAAAGAGUAUCCAUCAGAUUUGCUCUAUGCUGAGCUUAUUGACCGCAUCCAAAGUCAUGAAGCUGUUGCGUACGCUGACGCCGUAGCGAUCUAUGCAGCGUUGGUGUUUGUAUUUGACAAAGCAUUAGCAUGCAGUUGUGCGGUGACGUUCCCAAACAAAUGGGAACCCCUGGCGACGGCACUGCAGGAAGUUAGCGAAUAUGAGCGUUUCGGGGAGGAUAGAAAGCCUAAGAAGAACGAGAGCUGGCGUCGGAAUCUACUCUUAGUACAGUUCUUCAUUUACUGCUUUCAGCAAGAUAUGCAUACGUGUCGUUCGCGGUAUGAGCAUUUAGAAGGGGUGGGGUGGGUGCACCGUACACGUUUGUUUUCCCUGUUGCAGAGCGAUAAUGUGGCUGCGUCAAGCUCUGCGAAGGCACGUGCUAAGUCGCGUGCCACAUCCACGAAAUUGCGUGACAAUAAGCUUAUCUUCCUUGCUAUUGGUUGGGGACUGCAGCUUUGGAAGCUUGUAUUCGAUGAUGAAGACAAAACAACAAAGAAAGAUAAUGGCGAGGAAAACACAGAGGCCAGCCUAUUUUCUCAACAGGAGGGCGAACAAGCCUGCCUAGCUAUUGUUCGACUGAUCGAAAUGCUGUACCUUUGCACCGACCAGCAAAUAAAUGCACUUCAGCGCAUUCAGGCCGGUCUUGCUGAGCUCACGCGACUGACCCGCAUCAAAUUUUCACAAGCUCUACAGUCCCCUGCUUUGCGGACGCAACUGGCGAGCACCAUGAUUGGAUUGUCCAACAAGUCGAGAAGCAAGGAAACGGAGUGGUAUGAGUGCAAUGCUCUUGGACGUGUUCAGCUUGCUAUAAAGCCAGACACCACUGGCGAUGUUGCGCACACGGAUGGCUAUUCGUGGUCCCACUUUGACAGCUUUAUUAAUCUAAAGCCGAAGAGCUCCAUGACAAAGCUACUUCAGGAGAUCUCGCGUAUGCAACACUACUAA